AUGCGUCUGUUGCUACUGCUGCUGCUGCUAUUGAAGGUGGCGCACACUGCCGAACGACGCACCAGCUUGGGCAUCGUCCGUGGCAAGAAGCUGCGUGUUCUGCACACCGUGGUGGAGGAGUAUCGGGGCAUACCGUACGCCCGGCCUCCCAUCGGCGGACGGCGUUUCCGGCCACCUGAACCAGCGCUUCCCUGGGAGGCUACUCUGGAUGCGACCGACGGACGCACCGCUUGCCCACAGGUGCUACGCCCAUGGUCUAACGGCGUGCUCAGGGUCAGCGAGGACUGCCUUUACUUGAACGUGUGGACCACCGUUGCCCGCUGGGAGCAUGAAAUGGCACCAGUUCUCGUCUGGAUCCACGGCGGUGGCUUCACGAGUGGAUCGGCUUCCUACGAUAACUACUCAGCAGCUGUUCUGGCUGCCAAAACGGGUUGUGUCGUCGCCUCGAUCAAUUACCGGCUUGGAAUCCUGGGAUUUCUGAAUGCCGACACACCAGACGCACCCGGAAAUGUGGGGCUAAUGGACCAGCGGGUUGCGCUUCUGUGGCUGCGUCAAAACGCCCGCGUGUUUGGUGGUGACCCAGCCGCGAUCACAGUGUUCGGCCACAGUGCUGGUGGCAUGAGCAUCCACAGCCACAUGCUGUCCCCUUUUGGCGGGAAUCUCUUCCACAGGGCGGUCAUGAUGAGUGGCAACAUGGCAGCCCGGGACUUCUUCGAAUCUGUCGAGGAGAGCGCGGCGAAGGCAGACGCGGUGGCCGCACUCGUGGGCUGUGCCCAGGCGACACUGUCUAGAGGGCCUCGCGAGGUACUCGCCUGCCUCCGCACAAAGCCGUCGGGAGACCUGGUUCGCGCAGCGGCCAGGGCUGUAGCUCCCAAGGUGUUUCCUUUCCUGCCGACCUACCACACAGACUACCUCCCCAGAGUACCAGUGGCAGCCACUGCGAAAGGAUUCGUAGCCAACGUCGAUCUUCUCCUUGGUGUCACCGAAAAUGAGGGCUCGACGCCGUUCGUGCUUAGAAUGAAAGCUCACAUGCAGUCAGAACGGCUGACGGAUGUAGCUGAGUCAGCGCUCCGAGCUUCGCUGCACGAUGUGGUUCGCGCCUGGACAAAAGGCGAACAGCUCGAAAUGCUCGACCUUUAUGUGAGACAAGCCAAGGACAAAGAGUCACUCAGAAAGCAGUACGUAGCUUAUGUCUCGGACAGGUUAUUCGUGUGCCCAGCGCACUUUCUUGGCGAGCACCACUCCGCCAGUAAUGGUACUGUGUACUUCUACGUCUUCGCGUACCCUCCACCCAAGGGAACUCCUUCCUGGAUAGGUGUUGGUCACAGCAUGGAGCUGCCUUACUUUUUUGGCCACCCCGUCAUCAACCGCGUUGGCUUUUCACAGCAAGACGAACAAUACAGCGAAGAGGUAAUGAAGAUGCUGUCAACAUUCGCCCACACAGGGUAA